AUUAUUAGACUAACUUAAAUCAAUAGAUUUCCUAACAGUACACAAACAAACAAUUGGACCAAUAAUGUUUGGCAAUUAUUCACUCGUUUUAAAAAUACAUUGCACUUGCAAUAAGGCGAUAAGUUAUUGGAAUUGUUGCCUUGGAUUCAAAAUGGCGACCUGUUCAUUAUUUAUUACUAUCAGGUCUACGACUUCGGACUUCACAACUUGUUUUCAUCACGAAAGUACACAAAUUAUAUAGAAAAAUUUAUACCAUAUUAUUUAUUUACUAGAAAAGUCUUAGGUAUUUCAAAUAAAAGAAUGUCUGACCUCAUCCAAAUAAAAUGUGUUAGCAAGGCUGUAUAUCCCAAGUAGCAUGGCUGACAGCUUGCAGAAUGAAGGCAGCAGAAAGCAUGGCUGGGACUGCCCUUGGCACUUUCUACAGAUGCUGGCUUGGACAGUGAUCUUGUAUUUUAUAAUCAUCCAUUUUGGGUGUUUCAUUCCAGCCCUGACUCCAAGUACACACAUUCCUCUUUACUGUGUAACAACUUUCUUUGUCUUGGGGUUGAUACUAACCAUGUUUGUUGCAACCACUCUUGACCCGGCUGAUUACGCUGUGAGGAUCAAAGGUGGCAAUAAGCAUGUACCCAGUCUGGAUAGAACGAAACACAAACAUGUGAUAGAAAAUCAGUCCUGUGCCCUCUGUCAAGUAGAUGUUGGCCCAAAGUCAAAACACUGCAGUGCAUGCAACAAAUGCGUCUCAGGCUUUGAUCACCACUGCAAGUGGCUGAACAAUUGUGUGGGAGAUAGAAACUACAAUUGGUUUUUUGCAACACUGGUGUUUGCUAUUUUGUCCUCUUCCAUAGUUAUCUGUAUAGGUCUUCUAGUCUUCAUUGCAUACUUCACAGACAAAACUAAUGGCAGUUUGCUAAUAGCUUAUCAAGACAUGAAUAGUUCCAGUACGGCAGCUUCAUUACAGAUGUUCAGCCGUCCUGUAGCAGAUGGUGUUUAUUUAUCUAUUGAUAUAUUGACUGUGAUACUGGCUUCCAUAGCAUUUGGCUUUCUGGUCCAUCUCACUCAGUUUCAUGUUUGGCUCAUUUAUAAAAACAUGUCCACCUAUGACUUCAUCAUAAUGCAACGUGAGAAACAACUAGAGAAAGAAGAAAGUUCUCUCAAAGAGAUACCCCCAGCAUCUAGACCUCAGCCACUGAAGAUGAACAAAGUAACUCCAAGUAAAAACAGUAGCUUUGAGAAGACUUUGUCCAGGUCAGAGGAAGAGAUGCAAAGAAAACAAAGGUCAGAAAGGGGAGAAACUCCACCUCCACAAACUAAACCUAUCAGAGAGUCAAAGUUCCACCAUCAGAACGGAGGGGAGGAUUCACACACAGGCGUCAAAAAGAUGAAGAGAAAGAAGAAAAAAAAAUUACUGAGCUCUCCUGAACAGGAGAUGGAAAUAUCUGCUGUUGAUAACCCAACAAUGUACUUCAAGAACGGACAAAGUCCGAGGGAUGAUUGGCACUGUCAGUCUCCCUCUCGGAGGAACAUACCCAGUUCCCCUUCCAGUGACCUCCUCUGCAGCUCAGACCUGAACCAAAACCCUAGGCAGCAUCACUACCGCCCGCUCCCCAGCCUGCGGGCCAGCUCUGACGUGGAGGACAAUGACGAGGAAAAUGAGGAGCUGAACACGACCCACAUGUUUCAACUUCACCCUGAUGCAGAGCUCAAUCCUGAUGGCAGCAUUAACUAUUCGCACGCUAAAAACAUUCUACCACUCACACCUGUCCCCAAAAGGAAAUGGGAACCCGAAGUCCCCCCGCUUGAUCUCAUGGCUCUGCGUGGUAGCGUAGAGAGCACAAAUUCAUACGUCCCUUACUCUGCGACUGUUCGCUCCACUGACACGUAUACAUUUAUUAAUGAAACCAAAAUUCACAAACCUUUAAAAACUUUGCCAGAGCUUCAGUAUGAUUCUGCGUUUUAAAUUAUGAAUUACAUUGGUUUUGUGAUUCUCUGAAGAUAUUAGCAUUUAUGACUGUCUAUUAUCAAGAACUAAUUAAUGGGAAAUUAAAAAAAAAAAAGCAUAAAGGAGUGGUGUUAAGUAACAUAGUAAAUACAAAAUUAAUUCAUAAUAAUUUUUUUUUUUUUACAAAACAAAUAAAUUGGAAGCAUACUUGAUAUCACCAUUGAUUUUCCUGAAUCACCUCAUUUCAAUUACAAUCAAAGUUGCUUCACUUACAGACUAUUUUUCAACUUGCUGUUCUGCUACUGAACUGUCAACUUUUACUUAAGUCUGCAAAUGAUAUCCUCGUCAUUUCCCUCUGCCGUGAAAUAUUCUGAGACAUUAAAAAGAAGAAUAAUUCACCUAGCUUCAUGUGAAAUAAAAAAAAAACAUAAUUCAACUAGCCUCGUGAAAUUUGUUGUUAAAAGUUUAGACCCCGACAGCAGUAUUACAAAAGUUUUAAAAUGUAACUCAUUUAUAUUUAUUGUCUGUAAAACCUGGGUUUGGUUGCAUUGUGGGCAAUUGAUUUGACAAUGAGAAAUAGAAGGUUCAGGGAUAAUUUAUACAUCCAGUAACUUGAUACUGCAUUUGUUUAUUGUUGAUAAUAUUACAUUUAUAAUGCAUUCAUAUCAUUUUCUUUGUUAGUAAUUUAUGCAUCAAGAAGUCACCUAUUUUCAUUCAAUUAUAUUUGCUAUGAAGGUUGCCAUUUAGUCAUUUUUCUCAUUCUUCACAGACACAAAUAUCUGUUUUAUAAAAUGAUAUUCCUGUUUUAAUGGAAAUUGUAUAGUUUAUGACAUGAUUGUUUGGACACUUGAGUCUCUUUGAGCUUUAUACAAAGGACCUAAAGAAUUUUGUAUUUCCUUUUUUUUUCUUAGAUUUACAGAGAUAUUUGGAAAAAAGGGAAAUUUUUUUUUCUUUAUUGCCCUAAAUCUACAAUUAAACUAUUUUCUAGAUGAAUAAAUAUAUAUAUAUUUAUUGUUUCCAAUAAGCAUUUUAAUAUGUAUUACAAAUAUCUUUAUUUAUGUUUCUGAAUUUCAAAAAUAUGAAAUAAAAAAAAGUAAAGUUUCCAUUGCAGACCUUGCUAUCUAUGGGGCAGAUGAUGUUAAGGUCAUCUGUUUCUAUGGUCAACGGUUAAUGAGCAACCAUCUUUACAUACCCCAAGUUAGGUACCCAUUAGAAAUGAGUGGACUCAGAAAAAUUUAAAAUUCCAGUCUUCACCGACAUUCGAACCCAGGACCCCAGGUUUGGAACCCAAGCGCUUAACCACUCAGCCACCGUGCCCCUAUGAAAUUUAAACAGCAUUGAUAAAAUAUUGAUUUCGAGAGAUUCGAUAAUAUUUUCCCUUUAGAUUAAUGUUUUGGGGCAUUUUAAUGUUGAUGCCUUCUCUGGUAAGUUAACAGAUCUCUGUGGACCAAACUCAGGGUGAAGUCUUUGCUGGUAAAAGUCUUUGCUCUUUGACUUGGUAAUGUAAAAGAUCUAUGUACCAGUACCAAAGUCUUUGCUGGUAAAAGUCUUUGCUCUUUGACAUAACUUUAGAAAUAAAUCUAAGAAGUGUAAUGAUUCUCUUUUGUUGUUUUCAUGUUUGUACAUCUAUUGUGGAAACUACUUUUACAUCUAUUUAUAGUUCUGAGUAGAUAGAAAGUUUUCAGGUAUAAAUUUUGGUUGCUUGUUCAAUGUGAUGAUGGUCCUUAAAGAAAUUUUUUUUUGUUAGCAGCUAGAGAAUGUGAAAUGGUUUGUUUGUUUGUAAAAUGUUUUAUGUGUUUCGCAUGUUCCUUCAGAGUUGAAGAUAAUUUACUUCCUAGUCCAAACCUCCCAUUGGUCGACGGGGGAUGGCAGCAGGGAGGGUAUGAACUCAGGACCAUCAAGAAGUCCGAAUGACAGUCCCGCGCACACACCGCACGGCCAGGCAGUCAUACUUAGUAGGUUUUUUUAUUUUGUUUUUUUUAAUGGGUUUACAACUAGAACUCAGUAAGCAUAAUUAGCAUUAUUAAUUUUACUCUGAAUUAAAAGAACUAAAUUUAGUAUAAAAAAAAAUCAGUAUUAGUAUAAUUAGGUAUUAACAUUCUUUGUUGUCAGAAAAAACUUAACUGGAUAAAUUAAUUUUUUAAAAUCUACAUCAGACAGGACCUACCCUAAUGUCCUAAUUACCAACCCUGAUGACCUAAUUUCUCUAUUUAAAAAUCACCAUCUUGAAACUGAAAUAGCAUUCUAAACGCACCUAAAGUCUAUGACCUAUGUAGAUCUAACACUCUGAUGUAUUGACACCCAAGAAGAAAAUGUUGCAGAAGUCAACAAGGCUGUAUGAAUGCGUGUUUUCUUUAUUUUUUUUGUUGCUGUGCCAAAUCCUAGUUUUUGAUAUUUGUAAGACCAAGGAGAAAGCUGUGAUCCUGUUUAAUUUUUUAUCCUUUUUUUUUAUUAAUCAUUAUAAUUAUUUACUUGAAUGCAUCCCCCCAGAAUUCCUUUUUUGAUUUAUGACAAUAUUUUAUAUGUCUAUUUAAAUGUUUGUCAAUUAAAAUGAUGGACCAUAUAUGAUCAAUGUAUUACUUGCUUCUAAAUGAUGUAGAUCAUAUAUGAUCAUUGUAUUACUUGCUUUUAAAUGUUUGUCAAUUAAAAUGAUCAUUGUAUUACUGGCUUCUGUUUUGAUCUUCUCUGGAGGUAAUUGAAGAUCUAUUGAGACCAGUAUGAACAGGGUCGAAAAACUGUAUACCCGAGAUCAAUUUUUUUUUAUCCAUUGGACCAUCUCCAAUUUUAUGUACUUCUUUGUUGUUACAAAACUUUGACCUUUUUCAGCAUUUAUGAGAACAAAUACAAUUUGAGAAUUGCCUUAUAAUUCAUAAUCUCUAAUAAGAUGUUUGAAAAUAAAAAGGUUUGGACUUGAAAGUUAAUCAUACCUUUAUAUGAAUCAGAGCGUUGUCUGAAACACUAGAAGUUGGUUGACUAUGUUUUGAAUCCCAAUUAGUCAUUGUGGCCUCUGAGUGAUGUUAGAGUGUACUGGAGUAUAGACUUUUAUGUUCAUGUUUUUUUUUUUUAAAUUUGUUAAGAAGUAAAAUAUAAAAAAUACUAUUUUAAAAACAAAGCUUAUAUUGAGCGAAAUUAUAUCUAUUAUUUUGAAUCAAUCAUGUAAUUAAUUUAUAAUAGAUCUAGACAAACUAUUGUAAAUUUUGUGAUGUCGGAAAUACUUUUUUUUUUAUGUUUAGUGCAAUUACUUUUGUGGACUUUAUUGG